AUGGCAGAACCUCCGAAAACACCGACUAAAGCAGCGACCCGGGUUUGUCGAACCUGCAACGAAAACAUAGUUGUGAAGAAUCAUCCUUUAGAUUUAUUUGGUGCAAAGGCAUCACAAGAAAACAUUCCUUCGGUUCUGGAAAGGUUCUUUGAGUUAAAAGUUGCGUUAAACGAUGAUCUCCCGUCAUAUAUCUGUAGAUGUGGUUACCAUAAAGUGGUGAAGUUCCAGGAAUUUUUUAGAAAAAUAGCGUUUUCGAAGCAACAACAAGAGUCAGUUUUACGUGUCAAAACAGGGAAAACAAUGGCAGAGAGUCCAUCGGGAAGAUCCCCGCAAACGAGACGUGACCUAAAGAAGAGCAGAACUUACGAAGACGCACCUGCUACAGAGCCCCACAGCAGAUCGCUUUUUCAGAUGCACAUGAUCAAACCUUCGAAAACUCGGCCACGGCCAAUACUUCCUGCACCUUCAUCAGAACGCGACGGGAAAAAUCGAAAGCUUGCAAAGAGAGUUAAAUCCUCAACAGAGCCCUCAACGCUAUCAAAACAAGACGAAAUCCUCUCGGAGUCUGGUUUGCUGAACCCAUUGGUAUUUUAUAUUCGCGAAAUUCAAUACCUGUACACCAUUACAUAUAAAGUUAGAUUAGUUCUUGGCUGCUAGGCCCUUCAAGCUGUGAUAUCAAAAUUUACAUUUUCCUUACUGUUUUUCCAACGUGUUUAAUAUUCUCAAGCUGAAAAGCAAUAUUUGCCAUGGUAUAUAUAUAUAAUUUUUUUCUCACAUGCAUGAUACAUGAUACAUGAUACUGAUACAUGCAAGGUGAGGAGAAAUUGCAUCCUGAUCUCUGUACGAGAGUACAAAAUAAUAUACCCUAAUUUUUAAUCAAGCUUAUGUCAUGCUAAGUAGCUUACAAUUUAGCUAUGAAAGAGAUACUUAUCUGUAUUUAUAAAGCAAUUAUAAUAUAGAUUAUUAGCUUGAAUUAUAAUAAAUAUUAUAAAAAAUGCUUGUUGGGUUGUACUUAAAUGUUUUUUUUCUCUCGUAUAAUCUAAUUGCAUAAUGGUUGAGUUGUUGAGUUUCAGAUGACCUUAAUUUAGAGACCAUCCUGUUGUGUUUGAAGUAAACAUUCAAGCCAAAAAUGUAAGUAACCAGUAAGCUCUACUUUUCUUUUUUAAUCAAGUAAAAAGUGGUAUCAAAUUAUGUGUAAUACAUUUCUUUAAACAUGCAGUUACUGAAUGUCUGUAAUUUUAUGGAACUCAAUCUUGACUGCCCUUCACCCAAAAAGAAACUAACUAAAUAAAUAAAUAAUAAAAUUAAUAGAGAAAUUAACUUUAAUACAUUUUUCUUUCUGGCUUUUUAAAAUUUAUAUUAGCUCAAAGAUGAGCCACUUUUGGAGGAAGGAACCAAAACUGUUGACACGUUGGCCACACUGAUGUUGACUGGAUGCACAACCCAUCAGAUUGCUGAGAUAAUCAUGCAAUGCUGACCUUUAAGAAAUGCAGUUAAGUGUUUGUUCUAGAACGAUGUGAAUGAACAGUGUCAGAAACUCUGCAACAGGAGUGCUGAGAAUUCAUCUGUACUUCGUACUCCACCUUCCAAGCACAAGGUAAUUACUAACAACCUUAUGGUUAAGGGCUAGUGUAGAAAGUAAAAUGCAUUCAGGCAUUGUAAUUUUUUUAUAACCAAUAAAAUUUAAAAUUCACUUGAAAUUGGAAUUUGAUCAAAAUAAUCUUUAAGAACCCUAAAUAAAAAAUAAAUAAAUUAUGAUGCAUUUUUUAAUUAAGGGAAAUAACAUGAUAACAUACAAAUGUAUAAUUCUAUGUUCUAGAAAAAACUGACUGUUAAUCUAAUUCAAGUUGAUUUCUAAACAGGAGUUAAAGAAUUUUUCCUGGGAAAAGGUUAUCACAGAAAUGAAGGAGCAUGUCCCUGAUGUACUGGAUGUCCUAGCUGCUGUAGCAAUUCCAAAUGUCACAGCUUAUGAAGACAGUGCAAAGCAGAUUGCCCCACUUUGUACUGCAUAUAUGGCAUACUAAUGUUUACCUGGUGGAAAGAACUAAGCUUGAUACAGAAGAUGAACAGUAUAUUGCUCAGUACUGGACAUGUUACUGAAAGGGUAUUUAAUGUAUCACAAUUAACUGUGCUUUCAUGUGUAUUAUUGCAGCCAUACCGGGGCUUUAUUAAAGGAGCAUUAUACUUUAUUUUUGAUUGGUUAAACUUGAUCCGUAGUGAAUCUUGCCAAAGACAAAUGCAGAUCUGGUUAUUUGUAUUUUAAUAUUCUGCAGACAAUGAAGAGGCUUAACAGAGCAGGUGUAACAAUGACCAGGGAAACCUACAGGGGCAUCAUGGAUGACAUUGGGUCUGACUUAACAGGUAGAUGAACAUAUUAAAUAUGUUAAAUAAUAAUAAUUAACCCUCUUGAAUUCACAUGUUACUAGUUUUUCAUUAUUUACUAUAUGCUAGUAAGUCAGUCUUAAAUUUGAAAAUAAAGUAAACAAUUUAAAUACAUGUUUUACUUUAGAAACUCUGGAACAAUAUCAUUAUGUUAAAAAAAAUCUGUAAUUAAAAUGUAUUGUGUGUUAAAAAGGAGAGAAUCUGUCAAGUGGCAAGGAUCAGUCCUAAAGAAAAGUUAAUAAUGAAACUUAUUUUCUUCCUUUUUAACAUUUAAAUCUAGGUCUAUACAAUUACGCAUAGAACUUCAUAAGCUGUCUAAAAGAAGUUCAAUUAAAACGCUUUGUUCUUUAUUUUUUAAAUUAACAGUCACUAUAAGAAGGCAUGUGUCAGCUGGAUGUGUACCCAGGUUAUUCUUUGAUAAUCUGGACUUCAAGGUAUUGGUUAACAUCAUACUGUAG